UAUUUUUGUUUAUCCCAGUUUAUCCGUAUCGUUUUAUCUUAAAGUAGGUAAUUGUUAUACAUAAUCCAGGAUUAAAAUAUAUUUAAAAUACAGAUUGAAAAUAACAUUACAUGUAUGUCCAGAUCGAGAAAGUGAAAUAAUACCUAGGUUAUAAAUUGGCUAUUGGACUAUCAUUUAGAAAGUAACAAAAAUCUUAUGAUUAUAUAACAUAUAAAAAUGGCAGCAAAGAAGAUUAUCGUUGGUGGCGGUACCGGCUUCGUGGGAACUCAUCUAAACAAGAUCCUCCGAGCGAGAAAUUAUGAUGUUAUCAACGUGUCUCGCAUGCCAGCCGCGAAAAAUAUAUCGUGGACAAGUUUAGACUCUGAUGGCUUACCCUCAAACACGUCUGCGGUGGUCAAUCUGGCUGGGCAGCAGUUUAUGGAUUUUACGAAAAUGUGGACACCUGGUUUUAAACAGAAUGUGUUAAACUCCAGAGUGUUCACAACUAAAAGUCUAUCAAAAGCAAUUAGACAGUGUGAGAAAAAGCCUGAUGUCUUCGUUUUGGUCACUGGAGUUGGUGCUUAUGAGCCAUCUGAGAGUAACAAAUAUGAUGAAUCCAGUCCAAGUACUGGUACCGACUUCUUCUCCAGACUCCUACGUGAGUGGGAGAAGGCAGCUGAAGUAGAUGCUCCCACUAGACUAGUUAUAAUUCGCUCAGGUGUGGUGAUAGGAAGAAAUGGAGGAAUGAUAAAAAAUAUGAUAUUACCAUUCUUCUUUGGUCUGGGAGGGCCAAUCGCAUCAGGGAAACAAUACCUACCCUGGAUACAUAUAGAGGAUCUGACCAGAAUGAUACAAUACUCUAUAGAAAAUGAAAAUGUUAAGGGAAUACUCAAUGGUGUAGCACCACAAGUUAUUACAAACGCAGAAUUCACAAAGUCCUUUGCUAAGGCCUUAUCCCGGCCGGCAAUCAUACCAGUACCUGAGUUUUCGUUGAAUUUGCUUCUGAACGAGGAGAGAGCUAUGAUGCUGACCAAAGGCCAGUAUGUGGUGCCGAAGCGUGUUCUAGAAUACGGAUUCAAAUACAAAUACGACAACAUAAAUGAUGCCUGCAAGGAGGUUGCUCAUCUGUUUCCUAAGGAAUAAGUAAUAAAUUUUUAUUUAUCUUA